UAAUGACGCAUUAUAGAAAAGACGGUGAGAUUUGAAAAGAAGAGGUCCCUCUCAAAAUAGAAUUCAAAAAAUCAACCCCCAUUCCAGCAACAAAUGAGGACAUCGGAGAGUGAUGAGGCUUCUCCUCGGAAAUGGUCCAUGGACGAUUUCGAGAUCGGCAAGCCCCUCGGUAAAGGUAAAUUCGGCCGCGUCUAUCUCGCCCGUGAAAUCCAGACCAAGUAUAUAGUGGCACUCAAGGUCAUUUUCAAGGAGCAGGUUGAAAAGUACAGGCUUAAUCAUCAGCUUAAGAGAGAGAUGGAGAUUCAGUUGAGUCUUAAUCACCCUAAUGUUCUGAGGCUUUACGGUUGGUUUCAUGACGAUCAGAGGAUCUGUUUGAUUUUAGAGUAUGCUCAUAAAGGUGAGCUCUAUGGUGUGCUUCGUAAACUUGGUCAUCUCUCCGAGAAACAGGCUGCCACUUAUAUUGCAAGCCUUACUCAAGCUUUGGCGUACUGUCAUCAGAAAGAUGUGAUUCAUAGGGAUAUCAAGCCAGAAAAUUUGCUGCUAGAUCACGAGGGUCGACUGAAGAUUGCAGAUUUUGGAUGGUCUGUACAGUCAAAAAGCAAAAGAAAUACCAUGUGUGGAACAUUAGACUAUUUAGCACCAGAAAUGGUUGAGAACAGAGCCCAUGAUUAUGCAGUUGAUAACUGGACACUGGGUGUCCUAUGUUAUGAAUUUUUGUAUGGCAAUCCUCCUUUUGAAGCAGAGACACAGAAAGACACGUUUAGAAGGAUUAUGAAGAUUGAUCUUAUGUUCCCUUCCGCGCCUCGUGUGUCUAUGGAAGCAAAAGAUCUCAUUAGCCGGCUUCUAGUGAGGGACUCUUCAAAAAGGCUAUCUCUUCAGAAGAUUAUGGAACACCCUUGGAUAGUCAAGAAUGCUGAUCCCAGUGGUACCUGCUCAGUGUAACAGUUUUCGUUUCAGUGUGGCUCUUAGAGAUCAGCACAUAUAUGAUAUCUCUUUACUUGUAAUCUACUGACCGGAAUCAAAUAGCAGGCAUUCUGUUAUGUUGUAUUUUUUUCUCUUGUUAUUGUUUUGUGUUACGAUGACUUGUCGUACUAGUUUGUCUAAAUUGAAAAGGGUGCUUAGUUUUUAGCUCAA